AUGAGACCCAAACUCCCAUCCCGAACCAUCUGCAUACUCACUGUAAUAUUCCUAAUAUCCAUCUAUGCUCUGAUGAACGCGCGGCCAAAGCCCGACCCCAUCAUGUCGGGAGACGAGGUCGGGGAGUGCCUGAACUGCGUGCACUAUCUCGCGCGAGUCGAUGACAGGGUCCAGAAGUUCAACAAUUCCCAGGGUAAUCCGCAGUUGUUCCAAUAUGCGCUGCAGGUGUCCUGUCGCGGCCCGAUGUAUCGCACCGGACACUGCGUGAAGUUCAUGCGGGAGUUUCGCAAGGAUGUCGCUCGUUAUAUGCACGCCGAGGACCCGUAUGAAGCAUGUGUUUCCAUUGCGUCGUGUCGGUGA